AUGUUUUUCAACUGUUUGCUGUUAGUUCUGGCCACGAUCUGUCUUUGUGCAGCGGAUCAGCGCAUUAUAGGCGGCGAGGAUGAAAGCAUCGAUCAGGUGCCCUGGCAAGUGUCCGUGCAGUUCUUUGGCAAUCACAUUUGUGGCGGCGCGAUCUACAGUGAGCAGCUAGUACUAACUGCAGCGCAUUGUGUCAAACAGUACCCCAGCAAGUAUCUGAGACUGCGCGUGGGUGCCACAAAGCAUAAUGCGGGCGGCUUUCUUUACAAGAUCAUCGCCAAGAGCGUGCAUGAGGAUUUCGCUUGCCCUUCGUUUGUCAAUGACAUUGCGCUGUUGCUAGUGCGACGUCCCUUACGCUUCAGCUCCAACGUGCAUCCCAUACCGCUGGCUGAAGCGUCGCCAGCAGCUGGCAACGCUGCCAAGGUGAGCGGCUGGGGUGUGAGACAUAUGCAACGCUGUCCAUAUGAGCCAUCGGCAACGCUGCAAAGCGCUGAAGUUGAGAUCAUGGAUAGCAGGCAGUGCUCACGGGAAAUGCAAAUUAAAAUUGGUGACAACAGAAUCUGUAGCGUUGCUGAAGAUAAAAGCGCCUGCAAGGGCGACUCCGGUGGUCCACUGGUGGUCAAUGGUAAGCUCGUGGGCAUUGUUUCGCUGGCAAAGAUGCCUGGAUGUCGUGGACCCAAUGUGUACGCCAAUGUGGCCAAUUUGCGUGAUUGGAUUGAGGAGGCAGCUGACAAACUGAAAAACAAAUAA